AAGGGCCUGCCCGCCUCCGCAGGCUCCACCUUGCAAGAAACCUUGAGCUCUGCGGUGGAGAUGGGGUAGGGCCGCUGAUAUUAAUAAGUGCCACAGGACCCGAGAUGGCAGGACGAGCCAUCGCAGACUGCAGCUUGGGCGGCCCAACUGGACGUGGCGGGUGCGCGGGUCGCCUUGGCAGGCGAGCCCAGGGCCCUUCACAGGUUCGUGAACGGCAUUUUGGACAGGAUGUUUGGUGCAGGGGACCAAGAGCCAGUUUGCUGAAAUACUGUCCCAGUCAUUUGGGACUGCAGGGAGUCUCUGAGAAGGGCCAUCCAAGUGCCCGCCAGGUGCAGGCACACCAGGAAGCCAUUUUCAAGAACUUUUGCCACAGGUGUAAAAGACUCCAGACCUGCAAAGAUGCUGAAACAGAUACUAUCAGAGAUGUACAUAGAUCCUGAUCUACUGGCAGAGCUCAGCGAAGAACAGAAACAGAUCCUGUUCUUCAAGAUGAGGGAGGAACAGAUCCGCCGAUGGAAAGAAAGAGAAGCGGCAAUGGAAAAAAAGGAGUCCUUGCCAGUGAAAUCCAGACCAAAGAAAGAGAACAGCAAAUCUGUUCAUUGGAAACUGGGAGCCGAUAAGGAAGUCUGGGUCUGGGUGAUGGGCGAACACCAUCUAGACACACCCUACGAUGUGCUCUGUAAUGAAAUUGCUGCUGAGAAGAUCCAGCUAAAAGCGGAGCAGGAAACAGAAGAGCCCAGCAAAACUAAGUCCAAAGAAUUCACCAAUAGCUUAACAACAAAACCACGCUACUCUGAUGCACGCGCACCAGAUAGCUGCGAGUCUCAGAACGUCUGUAAGAAAGCAGCAGAAGAGGAGAAGUCAGGGCCCGGCUCUAGACCAGCACCACCCCUUAAAGAAGAGAAGAUACCGUCAUCCUCCAGUUCCUCAAGAAAUAUUCAACAAAUGCUGGCAGAUUCUAUCAAUCGUAUGAAGUCGUAUGGAUUCCACCAGAAGAAAGAAUCCACAAAGAAAACACAAGAUGAAGAAAUAAAACAAAUUGAUGAAGAGAAAACCAAGCAGAUUUAUAAGAGCUGGAAAGAAGAUUCAGAGUGGCAGGCAUCAUUGCGAAAAUCCAAAGCAGCUGAUGAGAGGAGACGCUCCUUGGCUAAACAAGCCCGGGAAGACUACAAGAGGUUAUGCCAAAAAGGAAGAAGUUGGGAGGGACUGCAAAGUGUUCCACAGAAACCAAAAAGACCUCCCCUUCCACCCAAGCCUAAGUUCCUAAACCCAGAGGGAUACCCUCAAACGCCUCUUAGAAAUCAAGGAGUGACAAGGACAGCAUCCAGCUUUGCCCAGGAGGACAUCAUCCAGUGGUUUAAAGAGGAGCAGCUACCUCUGCGAGCCUGCUAUGAGAAAACCUCUGACACCAUAGCUCCCUGGUUCCACGGGAUUCUCACAGUAAAGAGAGCAAAUGACCUUCUGAGCACAUGUGUGCCGGGCAGUUUUUUGAUCCGAGUCAGUGAAAAGAUCAAAGGCUAUGCCCUGUCCUACCUGUCUGAGGACGGCUGCAAACAUUUCCUCAUAGAUGCCUCUACGGACUCCUACAGCUUCUUGGGUGUGGACCAGCUGCAGCACGCCACCCUGGCCGAGUUGGUGCAAUAUCACAAGGAGGAACCCAUCACCUCCCUCGGGAAAGAGCUCCUUCUGUACCCCUGUGGUCAGCAGGACCAGCCUCCCGACUACGUGGAGCUCUUCGAGUGACAGCCGCAUCGUAUCAUCCCGCAGCCUCCAGCUGGGCUUUCCUCUAGACAAACACUGCUGAAACGGACAUUUGUGUGUGAAGCCAAAAAUCACCCUGCAGCGGAGCCAAUACUGAUCAACUGGACGUAUCCUUGGGAUCCGAUGGAAAUCUCUCUUCUGCACAAAUACUGGAGCUUAGUGCUAAGAGGAAAUCACGUCUGCAUUGUAUGCGUUCCGAAAGUAAAGGGAGAUGAGCCCUAAUUUCAGCAACUGCCUAAAAUGAAGGACACAACCUUAAUCAUGUAUGUAAGAUGAAAUGGACCAAGAGGAAACUGAAACCUUUUGGGAAUGAAGGUGUACUUCAGAAACCAGUAGCUCAUGGGAACUAUUUCAGGACCUUGACGCUCCCCGUUGGCAUCAUCUCAAAAGCCUCGGGGGCCUGUUUAUCUGAAGUUCCAUGCUGGCUUUGUGAAGCUGGAGAAAAGCUUUUACUGACGGCUGAGAUGACCCUCCAAACACACUUCACUUACUGUGCAUGUUGGAGCCAGGAUGUUAAGAGACGGACAAAAACAAAGUUGGGAAUGUAAAUUGAAUGACUUUUAAAAUGUCAGAUGAGAGGCUUAACAUGUACAAAAAUACUGUGGAUUGCAAGAGAGUGAGAAAGCAUCGAUGAGCUUGUUUCCUCAUUCUGGAGAAGCAGAACCCCGCUUGCCCUGUCUACUUUGGCCCUACCAAGGGCACCCCAAGAAGGGAGCACAUGCUCUCAUGAGGUGUUACUUAUUAGCGGUGACAGACAAGAACAGAAUAGUGAGCUGUGUGGAUACUACUUCUUGUGGGUAGAAUUGUGUCCCCAAAAAGAUGUUGAAGUCCUAAUCCCCAUACCUGUGAAUGUGACCUUAUUUGGAAAUUGAAUCUUUGCAGAUGUAACAAGAUGAGGUCAUACUUGAGUGUGGGGGGGGGCGCUUAAUCUGUGACUGGCUUCCUUAUAAGGACAAAGGGAUUUGGAAACAGAGACACACGUGCGGAAGGGAGAAGACCAUGGGACGGCAGAGCAGAGAUUGGGGCGAUGCAGCUGCAAGCCAGGGAAUGCCAAGGGUUGCUGGCAGCCACAAGAAACCCAGAGAGCGGGAUGUUACAGAUUCUCCCCAGGGCCAUAGAAGGGGACGUGGCCCCGCUGGCACCUGGUUUUCAGACUGCUAGCUUCCAGAACUAUGAGAAAAUAAAUUUAUGUUGUCUUAAGCCACUGAGUUUACAGUAAUUUGUUACAGCAGCUCUAGGAAACUAAUACAGAAGUUGAUGUAAUUAUAGAACCUGAUGUGCAUUAUAUACCAUUUGUUGAUGUAUAUUCCACCCUCCUCAUAAUGAAGGGAAAAUCAGGAAUGAGAAUAACCUCCCACUGGCUCCAUUCAUCUCUGGGGUGAAGAUCUACUCAGUCAGGAAUCUUAUGCUCCACUGCACCCCAAAUCCGACCUCCAGCCCCAGUAAGGGGGACAGCCUGACCAAGGAGGCAUUGAGGUCACUCUUCUGGAAAGAUGGAGAUUUACUCACACUUCAGGCCUAACUCCCUGUGCUAGCAUUCUUUUAAAGGAAGCAGAAGGUGGCAGCAGUUUGUUCAUGAGGUUGUUGGUUGUGUAAAAUACUCAUUGAUGGUAUAAAAUGAAGCCAGGGCAGAGGACAGUGUUCAUGUGUGCGCAUGUAUGUGUGUAAGUGUUCAUGGGUGUGUAUGUGUGCUUUAAUGAGAAAGUUUUUCAACACAGAUCACUGUUAUGUGUUUCUUGUAAUGUUCCAGGUGGUU